UGUCCGGCUAUCCUCAAAUGAACACUUCUCUCUCAAACAUAAAAAGGCAGACCAUGGUUGUAGCUCACAAAGGCUAGUGAAUAUUACCGUAGGAUUCGUAAAAGGCAACUGAUUUUUAUGUUUUGCGGUUAGUACGUUUUCGACUUAUCAAAGAUAAAUAAAGUCAGUUAAAUCCGCGGAAAGAAAAGUUUUUAGCGAGGUUUUUUGAACUUUUACAAGGAUACAAAAACUGCAAACCUAUCUGAAAUCCACCAGUUUGUCUAACACGGAAUUUUAACCAGCUGCUGCAAUCGAAAUACGUCGCGGAUACUUGAUUCCUGCCUCUGGCUCUUAUAAUUUUAUUUUAUUUUUGUGUGCAUCUCGUACAUACAAGGUCUUUGAUAUGCAACAAAUCUAAAAAAAAAAAACCCACAUCAACUGCAACUUAAAAGUUAAUUCUACAAACAGACUGAUACAAAUGCCGGACUCGAGUAUGAUGGAUAACAGGAACGGGAUGGUGUCAAAGAUUCAGAGCAGAAUAAGAACGGACUCCUUCAAAAGCAAUUACGACUUGGUCGGUAAAGAACUGGGCAGGGGCAAGUUCGCGGUGGUCAAGAAGUGCGUGGAAAAGGCGACGGGGAACGAGCACGCCGCCAAAUUCCUGCGCAAGAGGCGGAAGGGCGAAGACUGCCGCAGGGACAUCAUCAACGAGAUCGCCAUCCUGGAGUCGGCCAAGGCCAACCCCUUCGUGGUGUCGCUGCACGAGGUCUACGAGACCACCUCCGAAAUCAUCCUGGUGCUGGAAUAUGCUGCCGGUGGGGAGAUCUUCAACCAGUGCGUGGCGGACAAUGAUGAGGCCUUCACGGAGAAGGAUGUCAUUCGGCUGGUGCGCCAGAUCCUGAGUGGCGUGGCGUACCUGCAUCGCAAUAAUGUGGUGCACCUGGACAUGAAGCCUCAGAACCUCUUGCUGACCAGCUCUCGACCCCUGGGGGACAUCCGCAUAGUGGAUUUCGGCCUGUCCAGACGGAUGGACAAUGUGAAGGAAGUGCGAGAGAUCCUUGGCACUCCGGAGUAUGUCGCGCCAGAAAUCCUGAACUAUGAGCCCAUCAGCACAGCGACAGACAUGUGGAGUAUCGGGGUGCUUGCGUACGUUAUGUUGACGGGAGAAUCUCCCUUCCUGGGUGAGGAUAAGCAGGAGACCUUCCUCAACAUCUCCCAGGUCAACGUGGACUACUCCCAAGAUGUCUUCGAAGGGGUGUCCAAUCUGGCUGUCGACUUCAUCAAGACCCUGCUCAUCAAGAACCCCAGGAAAAGAGCCACAGCAGAGGAGUGUCUGCAGCACCCCUGGCUGUCUGGCCCUCCUCAGCCACACGCCGGCCUGCUGCCGUCCCUGGAGGAGGCAGAGUCCGAGCCGGAGAGUCCCGACUCGGCCCAGGAGCUGGUCAUCAUGGCGUCCUACACCCUCUGCUCCAGCCAGAGCGACCUGAAGGCCGUGAGGGGCGCCUUCCCCUUCGACGAGCCCUUCGGGGCCCGCUCGGAGAUCCAGCCUCAGAUCUACUGCUGAGUCCUCCUCCACCGAAAGGAAGCCAUUGGGGAAGCCGGCUGCCCGAUUUGUGGGCCGCCACAGCGCUACCGUUGGCCCUGAACACGUGUGACUCUUGUGUGAGAGUCAGUGUGUAAUGAGCAGGCUGGAGGGACAAACCGCUUCUUCGGCUCCAAGCCUGGCUCCUGUGAUCCACAUGGGCCCGCGUGGGUUUUGGGGAGGGAGAAAGCUGGAUUUGCCUGCUCGGCCGUUUCUGUUUUUCCUUUUAUUUGGGCCAGAAAACGAGGCUACGACCUGUUUGUGGUGGAGCUGGCUGUGGGGCGGCUUAAAUGCAAAAGUUGUUUUCCCCCACGUGCUCCAGAUUGUCAUCACAGGAAUAGGGUGUGGACAACGGGGACAUUUUCACAUUGUUGUUGUUGCUGUUUCUGUUCGUGGCCCCCCUUCUCCCCAAACCAGCCUUAGGACUUACGAUGCAAAACGGUUUCCUUAAAAAGGAGAGCCCUGGGUCUGGGAUGAAUAGAAAUCUCAGCUGUGGAGCUUUUGAAAGCCCUCUUUUUUUUUUCUGCUUAGCAGUCGGACCUGUACCAACUCGCCAAGCCUGUGGACAAUCGCGAACACAAGGAACAUCUGGCCCAGGAGAUGUACUGUGAACUGUCCCACAUCGACGAUAUUGUGGGUGGCGGUUGGUUGACUCAGGGGGCUUUGACAGUUCAGCUUCUAUUUUUUUUUUUAAAAAAAAAAGCUCUCAAACUGAGCGAAGCCUUUCUGUUGGGCUGCCUCUUCAGGACAUGGUUUCACAGGAUCCAUUUUUCCUAUUCCCUCCCCCCAAAAAAGACGUCCCCCUCGCUGGAAGGGAUUGUCUUGUUUUGAAGCACUUUUCAGACGGUGGAAUAUUUGGUGACCUCCGCAGACAUGCAGUGCAGUAAAGACUUCCUGUGUGAUCCUGUCACGGAUCUUGAAAAUUCACCUUCUGCCAAAAAAAAAGUUUUAUUUUUAUUUUUUACGACAUUCCACAGAGUGCCAGACAUGACAGAUGUUCGUUUUUUUAAAACUCUUUAGAUCCGUCAGUCAUGUCGACUGCUAAUAUUGCACAUGAUUUCUUUGUUCUGCUUUUUUAUGUUUUUUUUAGUACUAUAUUCAUUAAAAAAUGUUUGCCAUGUAAUAGUUCUUGCUGUUAAAGGUUUUUCUGUGCGGGGUGUUAGAAUUUUAACAGGCAAGUGUGGGUGAAAAGAGACAUCAAUAAUUCAAAAAUGUAGAAACGGAGUAUGGUACAAAUGUUCUUUCUGAAUCCAAAAGCUUUACCUAAAGGAGAAAUUCAGUGUCCCUGUUGGGAGAGGAGGAAAAUUCACAGAUGUAAUAGGAUUGAUCGGUAAUGAGUUGUGUACAUUUUCUUUUCCGUUAUGUUUUUAGAAGAUUGUCCUAUCAGAAACUAUUUUUCUAUUGUGUGUAUUGUUGUUACUGUUUUAAGAUUCUAUAUAUAUAUAUAAAUUGUAUUUCCAUUAAUGUCCUCAUGGGUUUUUUUUAUUGUAUAAAAUUGUUUAAUUCCGGAAAGUUGGAGCCAAGAGGUCAGAAAUGAGUGAGGGGCUUAUGAAAACCGGUAGCACCCAUGUGCCUACAUCGUUCGGACAUGAAGAAAAUAAAGACUGUACAUCUCAA